AGCUCCGACCUCUCUCUACAAUGGUAUAAAUACAGUUUCUCUCUCUAAAAUCCACCCAUCUGUAAGAAGAGAGUGGAGCCCGAAACUGGUCCUCUGCUUUGCUGGAUUGAAAGUUGAAGCUCUCCGUUGUUGCAUCUUUAAUGGCGUUUGUCUCCCCAUCGAUACCACCACAGUUGCUGUUACCACUCUCUCUCUCUCAUUCAUAAUUCCCAUUUUCUCUCUCUAUAUUCUGUUUUUCCCCCUUUUUAUAUGUAUUUUGCUCCAUUGUUCCAUCGCCAUCUUCUUUACAAACACCACAGAGGAGGAUUGGAUUAGAAAGCUAGAAACCCUCAUUUCUGAAACUUACUUUUUGAUUUUUCUGUUUUAUUGUGAAAACCCCCCUUUGAUUCGCUGGAUCCGCAGAUCUAAGUUUUUUCAGUUUGAGAUCUUCCUGAAUCAGCUCCAAGGUAACUCAUGCGGCAUAUUCGUUUCAGUUUAUUUGGAAUUGAAUUAUCUAGUGUUGAAUUAAUGAAUUCAUUUUCGAUUGCUCGAUUUCAACUGAUUUUUUUAGUUUUUUCGUUUGAUUAGGUAUCGUGGAGUUGGAUUUUUUUCCUAAUUCGAAUAGUUUUUACCUAAAUUAAGUGAAUUUCGUCGCCAAUUUAUUUUGAAACCCUCGUGCCCCUUUCCUCGUCGUGUUCUGAUUGUUGAUUUGGGAGAUCUGUUUCACAUUGGAGGCCUAUCUUGGUAAUCGUGUCCCCAAAUUGGAAAUUAAGUUCAAAUUAUCGUUAUUACUUGUUCGAAUUCUUAUGGUUGUUAGACUUUUAAUGCGCAUAGUUUGAAGAAGAAGGCAGUUCGGAUUGGGUUAAGUUUUCAUUGUUCAGAGAAGGUUAUCGUUGAGUGUGCGGUAAAUGUGGAUGUUUUCGAGGGUGGUUUGGACGAGAUGAGGGAUGUUAUCGGGGUUAAUGAACAUUUUGAGGGCCUGUUUUCGGCCAAGAGCAGACGGGUAUGCUCAUAAAGGCUCGGAUGCCAAUGGCCGGCAGGAUGGACUGCUAUGGUAUAAGGACUUGGGGCAGCAUUUCAAUGGGGAGUUCUCAAUGGCUGUAGUUCAAGCAAAUAAUUUACUUGAGGAUCAAAGCCAGCUCGAAUCUGGUUGUUUGAGCACGACUGAGUCUGGCCCUUAUGGAACCUUCGUGGGGAUUUAUGAUGGGCAUGGAGGUCCCGAGACCUCCCGGUUCAUCAAUGAUCACCUCUUCCCACAUCUAAAGAGGUUUGCGGCGGAGCAUCAGUCGAUGUCAGUAGAAGUUAUUCGUAAGGCAUUUCAAGCAACUGAGGAUGGUUUUUUCUCAGUUGUUAGCAGACAUUGGCCAACGAGACCACAGAUUGCAGCGGUUGGCUCUUGUUGUCUUGUAGGAAUAAUCUGCAACGGAACUCUUUAUAUUGCGAAUCUUGGUGAUUCCCGUGCUGUUCUAGGAAGGCUUGUCAAGGCAACAGGGGAAGUACUUGCUAUUCAGCUCUCAGCCGAGCACAAUGCAAGUUUUGAGUCAGUGAGACAGGAGUUGCAAUCUUUGCACCCUGAUGACUCACAUAUUGUAGUUUUAAAGCAUAAUGUAUGGCGUGUGAAGGGUCUUAUACAGAUCUCAAGAUCAAUUGGAGAUGUGUACUUAAAAAAGGCUGAAUUCAACAGGGAGCCACUGUUCCAGAAAUUCCGACUUCGUGAACCUUUCAAAAGACCUAUUUUGAGCGCAGACCCUGCAAUCGCUGUGCAACAGCUGUUGCCUCAUGACCAAUUCAUCAUAUUUGCAUCUGAUGGCCUCUGGGAGCACCUUACCAACCAAGAGGCCGUUGAUCUAGUCCAAAAUCAUCCGCACAGUGGAAGUGCUAGGAGAUUAGUGAAAGCAGCUUUGCAAGAGGCAGCAAAGAAAAGGGAGAUGAGGUAUUCAGACCUGAAGAAAAUCGACCGUGGAGUCCGUCGUCAUUUCCACGACGACAUAACUGUAGUGGUGGUGUUUAUCGACUCUCAUCUCGUGAGCAGGGCUACUUCGGGCCGGAGCCCCAACAUAUCCGUGAAGGGGAGCGGCAUCACCAUCCCUCCAAAUCACCUCGCGCCUUUCACAACACCAGCAGAACCGGCAACAACUUGACGCUACGCCGAUUUGUUUCACCUGAUGGAUGAAUGAAUACACAGGUAGCUUCUUGAGCAGCAGCCCUUGAAUUCUUUAAUGUACACUGUAACUUUUUUUUUUUAACCCCAAGACUUGCUAGUUCUGGAAUCCUCCUAUCAUACUUGAGCUCUUUUGUAAAUCCCCCAUGUUCCCCAUUGUCACCACUUUUAUAAACAGAUUUUAUAGCUGAAACUUCCAUACCUAUAACUUUU